UUCUUUGAUUUCUCUUUUCAUCAUUCAAUAACUCAAGAAUGUCUUCAUGUAAGGAUCAUAUAGUUUUGAUGAUUUCAAUGUUUAUUAUGUUUUCAAUGGUAAAAGGUCAACCACAAGUGCCAUGUUACUUCAUAUUUGGAGACUCAAUAGUUGAUAAUGGGAAUAAUAAUAACCUUAUAACAACAGCUAAGGCAAAUUAUUUUCCUUAUGGAAUUGAUUUCCCAAAUGGUCCACAAAAUGGAAGAUUCACCAAUGGCCGUAACAAAGCUGACUUUAUUGCUGAGCUCAUAGGAUUCAAUAGCUCGAUUCCACCACAUGCAACUGCAAGUGGCAAUGAAAUCCUUAGAGGAGUCAAUUAUGGAUCAGGAGUUGCUGGAAUUCGCGAUGAGACCGGUAUUCGAUGGGGUGAUAGGAUCAGCAUGAAUAGGCAACUAUUGAACCAUCAAGUCACAAUUUUGAGAAUUAAUUCUAUACUUAGAAAUAUUACUGCAACUAGAAGUUUAUUGAACAAAUGCCUAUACACUGUUGAUAUGGGAAACAAUGAUUAUCUCAACAAUUAUUUAGAUCCAACAUUUUAUCCAUCAAGUCGAUUGUACACACCAGAUAGGUUUGCAACCAUCCUUGUUCAACAAUUUGAAGGACAACUAAGGAGGUUGCAUAGGUAUGGAGCAAGGAAGGUGGCAGUAUCAAAUAUUGGUCUAUUAGGUUGUUUGCCAGAGGAGACAAGAACAUAUGGAAGAAAUGCAUCUGGAUGUGUUGAUUUUAUUAAUAAUUAUGUCCAACUAUUUAAUCAGAAAUUAAAGGUUUCAAUUGAUAAUUUGAACACUAAUCUUCCCAAUGCAAGGUUUAUUAUUUCAAAUCAGACUAGCAUUUCAACAGGGGGUCCACCUAUUGGUUUCACAGUUUUUGACUCACCAUGCUGCAUAAUAUCAAACACAACAGCCAAAGGACAAUGCAGCAAUAAUGGCCAAACUCCAUGCAGUAACAGAAAUCAAUAUGUGUUCUUUGAUAAUUUUCAUCCAACAGAAGCUGCAAAUAGGGCCAUUGCUACAAGAUCAAACACUGCUCUUCUACCCACCGAUUCGUAUCCGACUGACAUUAGGGGUCUCGUACAAACCUAAUACAAUCAAACUUCUCUAUAACAACGUCG